AUGUCGUCUUCCGGUACGGCGGCGGUCAGUGGUGGAAGUCUUCCCGCUCUGCUGAUGGCAAACGGUGGAGGAGUAGGCACCGGGAAGGGCAUUGGCAAACCGGACAUUAAACCACCCGGAUCGGGCCCAACCGUUGGGGGUGGGACGGGUGGCACCACCAGCAAGGUGCUGCUCGGUGGAGAUAAACAUGAAACGUGGCAGAUGGAGCUGCUAAUGGAGCGGCUACGAACAAAGGCCAAAUCGGCACAGUACAAAUCCUUCCCGGAGAUGUCCAAAUCGGUGCGGAUGUCACUGUUGGAAAAACGAUACGCCUUAGAUGCGGUGGAAAAGUCUAAUCUACAGAAAACGCUCGACAGUAUGCAGUAUUGCAUUAAGGUGACCACCCGGCAGGGUUUGGUCGAACGACUCGAUUGUCUAACCAGACAGUUAGGCCUCAAACUCAGCGAAGACACUUCCGGCCUAUUCAUCUCGUCCGACAUGUUCUACCUCGAGAUCAUACUCGAUCCAGCCGGUGGCACUGUGCAGGAUGUUAAGGUACACCACGAGUGCAAGAUGAAGCAGCAGAGUUGCAGCGAACUGGUUGCAUGUUUGCAACGGGGUGACUUUGCCGAUUUCACCACCCAGCUCGAAGGGCUCGCUUCCAUCUACCAGCUAAACGCGGAGAAAAAGAUUAAGGUGAACGCAUUCGUCGCUCUGCAAGCGCUUGAAACCGAUCUGCACACACUCUACACACUGUCGAUGCAACACUUCCCGGACGUACACUCGCAGCUGCUAAAAGCCCCGCUCGGCGUGGUGCAGAAACGGCGCGGAGGACAUCCGAUGCGGCUAACGUACUUUGUGGCACCGUACGAGCUUCUCGAUAUGGGGACACGCACAAUGAACACACUGUCACCCGAGCUGAUCGCAAAGGAACGCAUCGGAUGUAGUGUGGCGGUCGUGCUGGAAGCGUCCAGUGCGAACAAGCUACAGAUACAACCGCUGCUGGUAGUGAAUGGCACCGGUAGUACGGCAUCAGUCGGACAACCCGCGUACACACCGAUCGAGAAGCACAAUUCUACCUCGCUGCCGGCCACAUUCGUACUGCGGCUAAGCAAACCGAUGCCAAUUAAUGGUGCGAUGAUGCGCGCGAUUAAGACGAUCGUUGGUGGUAGUGGAACCGAUCAGCAAAGUGUAGAUGGAACGACUACCGGUAGUGCUGGUCUGCCGGCAUCUCUUCUCGCACUGAUCGCGCACCAUGCAUCCGGUGGAAGUGUUACGGAUCUUGCGAAAGGCUUGCUGGUAUCGUUACCCGACCAGUACCAUUGCUACUAUCUCACGGACAACCCCCUGCUUCGUGGCGUGAUGGUAAGCAGCAUACCGUUCACCGAGCCUCAGCAUGUGCCGAAAAUUUUAACCUACCUAAGGCAACAGACCAUUUUCAAUCAGCUGCUGUCGAGCUGCAUCCGAUCGAAUACAUCGGCUGCCGGUGGUGGUCGUCCCAGCGCACUGCAGCUGCUUCUUGACGGUGGUACACACACGAUAGAGAACGGUUCCACUGGUGGAUUGCUGGUGUUCGAAGUGAGUGCCCUCUCUUGCCAGAACAUAACGGUUUCGUUGAUCCAUCCGUUCGAGGAAUCGUUAGCAACGGUUGAGUUCGAUCUGCAAAACAUCGCUAAUAUCGUCGUGCGCAUCUACUGCAGCGAGGGAGAAACCAGUGAUGAGCACACGGUGGAACGUCUUUCAGCCGUGUUGCAGCGUUGUAUGUCGAUACCGGUUACGCUGCGAGCGCUGAUGAAACAUUGGGAGGAAGAGCACGAGCAGAAAUUUAAACCGAACGUGCUUGGAAGCUCUGCCGUAUCGUCUUCAGGUGGUGGAGCUGGGCCGGGAGGUGGCAUUGGUGGUGCAGGCGGCGGUCUUAACAGUAGCGGUGAUGGAGGCACGGGAACCGGGGGUGGUGGUUCCGGUGAGGAUGGAAGCAUGAACGGGUUUAACCUAUCGUCACUCGGUGGUCCAGCAUCAACGGUUGAUGGAGCUGGUGGAGGAGGUGCAGGUGGUGGAGGUGGCAGCGCGGCAACAAAUGGGACAUCCGCACAGCAAACCACCGGUCAGCGUGGGCUAAUGAAUGGCGAAGGCAAUGGACUCGUAGCGAGCGGCAAUCUUGGUCUAGACUUUUGUGAUAUGCUGACCGAACGGAACGGAAAUGGAAUGGGUGGCAGCAAUGGAAGGGUGGCCGGGUUAGGCGUAGGUACCCGGGAACCGCCGGAACCGUUAGCGGGCGGUGCAGCCAAAAAACGACGCAUGGAGGAUUUUUGUAAGAGCCCAAAGAGUGAUAGCAACCUUAGCGUUGUUGGUGGUGCAACUGAUGGCGGUGGUGUGGAGAAGGCGAAUGUCACCACGACCGGUAACGCCGGUGCCAUCAACACCACGGUCACCAGCCAGGAUGUGGCGGCAGCAGUAGCGACAUCUGGCGGAACAGCAGGAAACAGCGAACAGCGCAUGCAAGCUGGCGGUGCAACGGAGGAGGACACCGGCGGGUUGCCACUGUUCGGAGAGACGGCCCCGGUAGGUGGGGCCGAUGCCAAGGGCAGCUCUUUGGGUGGAACAACAAUUACAAACACGCACACAUCUGCUAAGAAUGAACCUCCAAGCGUCCUACCGGCGGACGAUGAUACCGCCAUCGUCUCAACUGGAGUCAAGAUGCCGCUUCAAUCUUCUUCUUCCUCCUCCCUAUCCUCUCUGUCCUCGUCGGGGUUUUCCCUGACCGGUGCCGCAUCCGGUGAAGCGGGACCAGAACGGCCCUGCCCGGGAACGCUGUUGCUGGAAAGUCUCGAGUGUUCCACGCUGGAAACCGAUUUGGUGAAACGCACUACUGGUCAGUCGGUCAAGAGACGCCGUAGCUCGAGCAGCUCAAGUUCUAGCUCUAGCAGCAGCUCGAGCAGCAGUUCGAGCAGUUCAACCACAUCCGGUGCGUCGGAUGAGGUGGAAGAGAGCGUCGAUCUCGUAGAGGCAGAAAUGAACAGCUUUUUUUCCGAGCUAAACAAUACUCAACCGGUUACGGGACCGGCACCGAAAGGCACGUUUGGUUCUCCUUCCGGCAAGCCAGCGAUCGCAGCGGUAUCUCCAAUUUCGGGCAAGCUGGCAUCACCGUCCGGUAGUGCUGGACUAGAAAAGCCACUCACGACCAUCGGGAGUACCGGGCUGGAAAUAAUUCCCAUUCCCACGGCCAACACAAACAUUGCGGCAAGUGCAUUUCCCCCUGCCACCGUUACCACCAACACACCGGUAACGGUGCCACAAAUCAUUACCAACAGUACGCCCGCUACAUCCCUGACGACUACGUCGACAACGACGAAAAAGACAUCCUCAUCCUCAUCUAGCAGCGGUGGCAGCAGCGGCAGUGGCCAUCGCAAGAGUUCGGACUCAUCGGAACGGUCUAGUUCGAGCAAAUCGGACAAGAAGAAAAAACGCAAAGUCGAUGACGCAGGCCAUCUGGCAAUGGGGCCACCGAACAAGCUACCGUUCAAGUCCGGUGAAUCAUCACCGCACCGAAGCGGUAUCGGUGGUUCAUCGACGUCCGGGAACAAAUCCAGCCCAAAACACACUAGUCCGGUACACCACAGCAGCCCGAAGCAUACCGGCAGCGGUGCGUUGGGGUUUCACAGUCCCAAGCAUGGUUCGUCGGUAUCCCCGAAGCAUCCACUGCACAGCGGCGGUGGUAGUUCGACCGGUGGCGGUAAGCCCAGCAUGUCCGCGCUAAAGUCGGCAGCGGCCAGUGGUAGUUCACCUGGAACGAAAUCAUCUGAAACGAGCAGUGGAGGAGGUGGUGGUGGUGGUGGAGCAAGUGGAAUUGGCAUCUCCACCACCAGUGGGUCAUCCAAGGAACGUGAUAAGGAACGCUCGGAGAAGAAGGCGCUUCAGUUUUCUACCACUAAUGCAUCUAGCGGCUCAUCGCUGUCCGCAAACAGCUCUUCCAGCACCGGAUCUAGCUCAGGCGGGAGAUCCAAAAAUUCGGGUUUGAAACUGAAACAGCUCGACCUAACUGCUGGGUCCUCGAUGACGAUUUCAAUGACCGGCUCGGGGAUGGGUGAUUCUGGAUCCAGUUCUCCCGUCGCUCCAAUGAUCGAUCUUACCGGAUCGGGUUCUUCACUUGGAUCGUUGGGACUUGCUGGUUCGGGAUUGACCACCGCGAGCUCAAUGUUGCAAGCACUGCAGGCUGCUAAGAAUCGUAAACCACCAUCGUCAGCCGGUGGAACGGGAUUGGGCGGAUCGUUGAGCGCCGUAAUAGAUAAGCUAAAGUCGGCUCAGUCGGCAGAUGACGAGGCGGUGCUGGUACUGCCGGAAAUGACCAUCACCCAACAGACGACCAGCUCGUCGAUGACAGGCGGAACUGGUGGUAUUGGUGCUGGCGUGAACAUUGGUGGCUUUGGAUCAAUGAGUGGUGGCGGUGCAUUGAAAGAUCCCUCCAAAACGGGCAGUAGUCUACUAUCAGCUGCUGGGUCCGGUUCGUUGGCGAAUUGUGUUUCCUCCACGACAGGGAUUGGUGCCGCCUUAACUCAAUCCAGUUCCAUGACGAGUGCACCAUCCUUGACGGCAGCUCUUACCAGCGGGAAAGCAUCCGAGUAUAUGGUAAAACCCAGCUCGGAUGGCAUCAAGUUGACAAUCCAGAAUAAGAAGGGCUCUAGUAAGAGUUCCUCCAACAGCGGGGGCAGCUCGAAAUCCGGUAGCGGUAGUAACAAAUCCGGCCUAAAGUCCGGUGUUUCCAGUGGUCCCGUAUCGUCCAAACAGCAGCAACAGAACCAUACUACCUCCUUCAGUGGAGCCUUCCCUUCGUCGACGAAGACUCCGCACUACACCAGCAGCUCCUCCUCGUCCAAGACGCCGUUCCAAAAAUCGAACUCCUUCGGUUCCCUCGGUGGUGGUGGUGGUGGCUCCGGUAUGAAAACUUCUAAGGUGAGCUCACCGAAGUCAACCUCGAAUCCGGCCAGCACUUCCUCGUCGUCCUACUCGUCCAAAGAGAAGGGUGGUCCCGCGUCUGGUCGUUCCAAAUCAUCCUCCGCUUCGUCGCUAACCGCAGCAGCAAUGCUCAGCGGAGGAGCGUCUGGUGGUGGCUCCGGAAGCGGAUCUUCCUCCCUGGUCAACCCGAUAUCGAUUAUGAAGAUGCUCGGCUAUCCCACUGGUGGGAUGGGCAAUAUGGAGGGCUUUGCGAAGUCACUGGACACAAAAUUUCAAAUACCGAAGUUAUCAGCACGCUCUAACAACACUUCGAAUCCCGGCAGCACCGGCCACAGCGACAGUAGUGAGGGCACGAAGAGCAUGAAGGAUCCUGCAGUGCGGAAACAGAAGCCACAGAUUCCUAUCACAUCUUCCACGCCACAGUCGGUCGGAUCGUCACCGUUAAGAACGUUCGCUACGUCUCCGUCUGGUGAUGCAAGUGCACGGUUGCUUUCCGAUUUGCUUGGAGCUGCAGCUAAGAGUGGUACCAAAAUGGCCGCUUCUGGUACUGGACCGACGGGAACAUCAGUCGACGGUGCCGGAGCUGCGCUACAUCCGCUACUGCCCAACAUUGUCCAGAAGAUGUUCGGCAGUGAUGGUUCCCUGCAGAGUAAAUCCAACAGCUCCGAUGGAAGCAUGUUUCCUUCGGCUGGUCGCGCCUCUCCCGGGAUGCUUUCCGGAAGCGCUAGUAGAGAUGGGUUUCGUUCAGGGACGGGAUCUGCUCCAGGGACACCGACGACAACCGGUUCGAUGGUGUUGCCACCGUUUCCAUCGCCCGUUUCCGGUAGUGCAUCGAACGAUGGUGAUGCGGGAUCCGGUGCAGGGUCGUUAAUGCGACCACCCUCACGACCCAGCAGUACGAUAUCGAACCAUUCGCAUUCGUCGCAGGAUGGAAUUGGCGGUGGAGGUAGCGGUGACGUUGGCACACCACCCGUAGUUACCACGAUGGCGUCGAUGAUGAUGAUGAGUGCAAUGAGCGCGGCCGGUGGACAAUCUCCUGCGUCCGGUUCGUUAUCGUUGGACAGUGCCAGCACACAGCAACUUAUAGCGGCCCUGGCCGCAAAGAGUGGUGCUGGUGGUGGUGGUGGAGGGGGUGUGCUUCCGCCUCCCAACAGUCUGCUCAAUAAUCACCUUCACCAUCAUAGCAAUCAUCUGAACAAUCACGUUGUCGGUGGAACGACCCCGGUACUAAACAACCUUCCCUCACCGGCAUCCGUCUCAGUGCACAUCGUCAAAUCGCCUGCUCCCUCUCCGCUACCCUUCACCUCACCCCACUCCAACGCAUCUUCCACGCACGGUGGACCCGGUGGUGGUGGACUGGAUGACGAUCUGAUGGACGAAGCACUGAUCGGUAUUGGCAGCAAAUGA